AUGAUUUUUAACAUUAAAAUGUGGAUGAAAGCCUGGCUGCUUUGUAUUUGCUGUGUAUUAGCUCAGCAGGAUCCAGAGGUAACAUUUAAAUCUUUAUCUAAAAAUCGCAGUACGAGUUUAAUUUCCGAGCAAGAUGAUCCGCUGUUGUUAUUCCUUACCAUCAGUGGAUCGUUUGUUGGCGUAGGUCAACAGUCCGGUAAAAUCCGCUGGCGCCAAGACAAUGAACCUAUUGUUAAAGUUCCAUAUGACGUAUCUCAUACAUCUCCGAUGUUUUUACCAGAUCCAAAAGACGGAUCUUUAUAUUUUUACGGAGCAGGGCUUGAAGUUUUCAAGAAACUGCCAUUUACGAUACCACAAUUGGUAGCAAAAAGUCCUUGUCGCAGUAGCGAUGGAUAUCUUUACACAGGUAGGAAAACUGACACGUGGUUCAGUAUUGAUCCAGUCACUGGAGAACGUGAGCAGCUUUCAGGUUUUGAUGAGCCUGAUAACACGUGUCCACUCGAGACUCCAAACACUAUUUUUGUCGGGCGUACUGAGUACAAUAUUAUAAUGGUCGAUAGUAAGCAAAAGGAGCGCAAAUGGAAUGUCACGUUCUAUGAUUACUCCACGGCAAACAUUGAAGGAGCGGAUGAUUAUGAUUUCGUUCACUUUACGACCAGCUCAACAGGUCGUGUUGUAACGCUGGAUCCAAGACUUGGAGCUGUUUUGUGGGAAUUAGAUCUAGAAAGUCCAGUUAUUUCUGUUUACACGAUUGACAAUGAUAAUUUAGUAUCCGUCCCCUUUACCAGUGUCUCUGAAGAUACUUUAGAUAAUAUAAUUGAGCGAUUUAAUUCCAAGCCUAAUGAUAUUCAAUUAUACCCAGCACUUUAUGUAGGAGAACACAGACACGGUUUGUAUGCAUUACCGUCUCUUGUUGACUCUUCUACUGCGACAAUAUCGUCAAAUACUGAACACUUGAUGCUCGAGGGUCCUCGAGUAAUUUCAAAUUCACCCCAAGAUGAUUCUCAGAGUGAAAAAAAUUCAAGGGUAAAUUCAGAAGAUCAGAAGUUGGAUGGAAGAUCGCAGAGUAAUUUAAUUGUACUGGGUCACUAUAAAAUGUCAGAAUUAAAGCCACUGAACCAACCACUGCAGAUAACUGGUCGUUCAGAUCCUGUUAUUCAAACGACAGAUCUAUUGGGUAAUUCUUCUGGAAAAAUUACAAUUGUUUUGUCGAAUCAUGAGCAAGCGAAGAUAAUUAAUAGCACAGAAAAUCGCAGCUGGCGUAAAGCUAUUGCUAAUAGUUAUAAUGUUAGCAAACGUUGGAUAAAUCAACAAGAAAGUAAAGGGCUGAAGUUGGCUCUCAUUAUUCUCGCUGGAUGUCUUAUCAUGGUGAUAUGGCACUGGUAUGUUCAGAAUAAAGAGCUGAAGAUUUUAUCUCAAGGCUCGAGGGAAAAUAGUCGGACUAGUAACUACAGUGGUAAUGGAGUUAUGAUAAUACCUGAAGAUAUUGGUGGUGGCACUGUUAAAGUUGGAAAAAUAGUAUUCAAUAUUGAUGAAGUAUUGGGUAAGGGUUGCGAGGGAACGUUUGUUUAUAAAGGAGAAUUUGAUGGCAGGUCUGUAGCGGUUAAACGUCUUUUACCCGAUUGUUUUACAUUUGCCGAUCGUGAAGUUGAUUUGCUGAGAGAGUCAGACGCUCAUGCCAAUGUUGUCAGAUAUUUUUGUACGGAGCAAGACCGUAUGUUUCGAUAUAUUGCUCUUGAAUUAGCUCAAGCUACAUUACAAGAUUACGUUGUCGGGAAAUAUAAUCGUAAAUUUAUAUCUGUGAAGAAUAUUUUAUUACAAGCAACUUCUGGGCUUGCUCAUUUACACUCUUUGGAUAUAGUUCACAGAGAUAUUAAACCUCACAAUGUUUUGCUCUCGAUGCCAGGGCCUCGUGGUGAGGUCAGAGCUAUGAUUUCAGACUUUGGAUUAUGCAAAAAAUUACAACUAGGUCGAAUGUCAUUUUCUCGUAGAUCUGGUGUGACUGGUACAGAGGGAUGGAUUGCACCUGAAAUGUUGAAUGGUGAACGUACAACCUGCGCUGUUGAUAUAUUUUCUCUGGGUUGUGUAUUUUAUUAUGUUUUAUCCAAUGGUAAUCAUCCAUUUGGCGAUACCUUGAGAAGACAAGCCAACAUAUUGUGUGGAGAGAGCAACUUGUCCUCGCUUACUGAUAUUAGUAAUAGUGAUAGAGAACUUGCAUUGGACAUCAGUGAUCGAGUUGAGAAAGAUGAUCCAGGUAGUUAUGCAUUGAUGGUCCUAGAAUCUGGAGGUGAACGGGUCGUUGAAAAAGAUUGGCGAGCUUGUAUUGAUGUCGAAGUGGCUAAUGAUCUUAGAAAGUACAGAAGCUAUCGUGGUGAAAGUGUCAGAGAUCUUCUCCGUGCGCUUAGAAAUAAAAAACAUCAUUAUCGAGAAUUAACGCCUGAAGCGCAAGCCAGUCUUGGUGAAAUCCCUGGAAAAUUUACAGAAUACUGGUUAUCAAGAUUUCCACACUUGAUAACUCACAGUUGGUGUGUAAUGCAAAAAUUCCGGAAUGAACCAACUUUAAAAGAUUAUUAUCAUACUGAUUACGAGUUUACGACUUAUCCCGCCUAUAAUGUCGUUGAAGAAAUAUCUCUUCGACCUUUAUCAUAUAUAAAUAAUAAUGUAGGAACGACAGCAACAGAAGCUACGCAAUCAGAAUCUCUGGUGCCCUCAUGGAGGGUUCGUAAUGCCAUUGAUUGGAGUCCUAAUCGUACUAGGUUCCGACCUAACAGAAAAAGACAAGAGAGACGAAAAGCCGAAGGUCCAAUUGUCUGGACUCUACCGUCCGCUAGUUAA